CCCUAAUUCCCAUCACGAUGGACAUUUGCGGACCUGCGCAAGUCGGCAACGGGUUCGGCAUAUUGAUGUUAUUUGAAGGAUUGUUGAUGACGGUAGACCCACUAUUGAUAGGAUAUCUAAUCGAUAGAACGGGAACGGUGGACAGCGCCAUCUAUGUUAUCGGAGCGUCAUUUCUAGCAUCUGGAAUCUUAAUCAGUGUGAUUCCUCUGGUGCGACGGUGGCGCGGCCUGGUGACGGAUGUAUCUCCGCAAACUGUUGCGACAUUCGAAAAUGACGAUGUCGGCUUCCAAAGCAAGACGACACACGUACUAAAGAUGCGAGCGAAAAAUCCAUCGGGCAAAAAUCUCAGCGUUGACGUCUGAUGACUUAUU